GAGGGCGUGGCGACGUCGUGGGUUCGCCUGUGUGACACAAUACAACAACUUUAAUCCGCUAGCGAACACAACUUUGAGAUUGUUUUAAUACGUCCAGCGUUUUUAAGCGUGCAACGGGCCGCAAGUCGCGCAUAAACAUUGAGCCGCCGCGUCACAGUUUAUUUCUACAAAACAAUGUGAGAGGACGCGCCGCUGGAGGGCCAGCUCACUUCGCACGGGGCUUCAGACGCUGAGGCGCGAUUUACUGGAGAGAAAAAAAGUUCGCGUUUAUUGUGGCUUUUGGACGCACGGAGCUCGCCUUCCCUCGAUUUCUCGGUGCGAUUCCAUGAAAUCGUGCCGAGUGUCGCUCGCCGUCGCCGCCGCUCGACGCCUCAGCGCCGCUGGUGAUGAGGAGAAGAAAAUGGCGGCGGGAAAAGCGAGUGAACCCGAGGAGGACGCGCCGCGGCUGAGCGCGCAGGAGAGCGACACUCUGGCCCGCGUCGACAGCUCUCUGUUCGGAUACCAGCGGCUUCGUGAAGAUGGCGCCAGCACGAAGGCCCUGCUCGUAAAGGCUGUUCGCUGCUACGAGUCUCUCAUCCUGAAAGCUGAAGGAAAAGUGGAUCCCGAGUUCUUCUGCCAGCUGGGUCAUUUCAACCUCUUACUGGAGGAGUAUCCGAAAGCAUUAUCGGCGUACCAGCGGUACUACAGUUUACAAUCAGACUACUGGAAGAAUGCUGCCUUUCUGUACGGCCUCGGGAUGGUUUACUUCCAUUUCAAUGCUCUUCAGUGGGCGAUCAAGGCGUUUCAGGAGGUGCUGUACAUCGACCCCGGCUUCUCUCGCGCUAAAGAGAUUCAUCUGCGUCUCGGCCUGAUGUUCAAAGUCAACACGGACUACGAGUCCAGCUUAAAGCACUUUCAGCUGACGCUCAUCGACUCCAAUCACUGCUCUUUGUCCAAAGCUGAGAUUCAGUUUCACAUCGCGCAUUUAUACGAGAUUCAGAAGAGAUACCGCGCGGCCAAGGAGGCCUAUGAGAGUCUCCUGCAGACGGAGGAUUUACCUGCGCAGGUGAAGGCUGCGACCUUACAGCAGCUGGGCUGGAUGCAUCAUACGGUCGAGCAGCUGGGAGAUAAAGCUAAUAAAGACAGCUACGCCAUCCAGUGUCUCCAGAAAUCUCUGGAAGCCGAUCCGAACUCUGGCCAGUCCUGGUAUUUCCUCGGCAGGUGCUACUCCAGUAUUGGGAAGGUCCAGGAUGCUUUCAUCCACAUGUUCUCCGUCUCUGUCUGUCUCUCUCUCAAUCAUUCUGUCUCUUCACGUGUCUGCGGUCUCUCUCAGGCGUGUAAAGCUCAGCCCGGGGCGUCAGGUGGGGCUCAUGGCUCCGGUCAGUCGCUGCCCCCCCACGUGAGUCCGCUGGAUCAGGCUGAGGAUCAGUCCAGUCCAGCCAAGAGGAAGAGGACCGCCAGCCCAGCCAAGAGUUCUACAGAGUCUUGGACCCACAGUUCAGCACAGCCACCAGCUCCCAACUGGUACCCGUCUCCUCAGAAGCUGCAGUUGCUGGAGCAGUUGCGGGUCAACCGUGCGAGUCUGAAGCCGCUUCAGCUGCAGAUGUUGGAGCAGUUGGAGGCUCAGCUGUCAGCCAUGCACCAGCAACAGAUGAGGCAAAACUCUUCUGGGCAAAUACGAGCCACCCUCCCCAACGGCCCCUCACUGCCUGCUCACCCUGUUCCUCGCGGCCCGGCCGUGCCACCGUCUUGUAACGCUCAGCCGUUAGCCAACGGCCCGCAGCCCCCUUCAGUCGGCAAUAAUCACACGCCAGGAACCAGAGCGAACGGAGACGUGCCUUACCUGCACCCCAACACACUACCUCACAACUGCACAAGCCCAGGAGACACAUGGAGGAGCCAGCGUCUCAACUCCGCUCAGGGGCUUCAGAAAGGUCCGGGUUCGCAUUGGGCAGGUCCUAAUGGAGACCGGACUCUCUCUUCCAGUGCUUCAGCCGACGGCGGCCCUCACAAUCAGGUUGGACUUCCCGCCAUGACCCCAUCUGAGCCAGCUAUCAAUCAUCUGUCCUCUCCUUCCUCCACGUCGUCCCCCGCUUCGUCGUCCUCGCAAACGGCUACCUCAGGUGCGCCCCACGGCACCGGCCCGACCAAAGAGAGCGCCGCCCUGCAGGCCAACGGUUCCACUGCCGCCAACCACCACAGUCCCGACCGCUCGCCCACUUCCACCUCCGGCUCUCCGGCAGCCGCUUCCACAGACAAUCCGCAGCUCUCCGCUCUUCUCAGGAGCAAGGAGAGUCCUGCCGUGAGCUCGAGGGUGAACCACGUCCACCCAGGCACCACGCUAACGGCAUCCACCGCUUCUUCGCCCGCCUCAUCACCGCCACCCCGCUCCGCAGAGCUUAACAAGCCAGGCUCCUCUGCGCCGGGACCGCCGCCCGCCCUCACCGUUAACGGAAGUGGAGGGGGAGCGUGUUCAGAAGACUCUCAGAGCCCGCUGAAGCUGGAGCCGCCGGAGCUUUGCAUCAAAACCGCCACAGCUCUCAAACCCUCUCUCUCGUCCUCCACCGUCUCCAUUUACCCCACAUCCGCAGACGUCCUGAAAGCCUGCAGGAAUCUCCGGAAGAACGGUCUGUCGAGCAGCAGUAUCCUGCUGAACAAGUGUCCGCCGCCGCGGCUUCCUCCUCCUCCGUCACCGCCGCUCGCUAAAGACAAGCUCAACCCGCCGACGCCGAGCAUCUAUUUGGAGAAUAAAAGAGACGCGUUCUUCCCGCCGCUGCACCAGUUCUGCACCAACCACUCCAACCCUGUCACCGUCAUCCGCGGCCUAGCUGGAGCCCUCAAACUAGAUUUGGGCCUGUUCUCCACGAAGACACUAGUAGAGGCAAACCCGGAGCACCUGGUGGAGGUGCGGACGCAGCUGUGUCAGCCGGCCGAUGAGAACUGGGACGCCAGCGGUCUGAAGAAGCAGUGGCGCUGCGAGAGCAUCCGCUCCUACACCACCAUCUCCACAUACGCACAGUACCAGGCCUCGUCCUUCCAGGAGUCGCUGCGGGAAGAGCAUGAGAAGAAGGGCCAGAAAGAGCUGUCAGACUCUGAAGUGACGUCAUCAGAAACUGUUUCCAGGAGGCGGAAAGGUCCUUUCAGACAAGUCAAGUUUGGGACGAACAUUGACGUCUCUGAUGAAAAGAAGUGGAAGCUGCAGCUGCAGGAACUCUGUAAGCUGCCUGCGUUUGCGCGUGUGGUGUCUGCUGGGAACCUGCUGAGUCACGUGGGGCACAGCAUUCUGGGUAUGAACACGGUCCAGCUCUUCAUGAAAGUCCCAGGCAGCAGAACUCCAGGCCAUCAGGAGCACAAUAACUUCUGCUCCGUCAACAUCAACAUCGGGCCGGGCGACUGCGAGUGGUUUGCCGUGCCGGAGCCGUACUGGGGCGUGAUGAGCGAGUUCUGUGAGAAGAACAACAUCAACUUCCUGAAGGGCUCGUGGUGGCCGAAUCUGGAGGAUCUGUUCGAGGCUAACGUGCCGGUGUACCGCUUCAUCCAGCGGCCUGGAGAUCUGGUGUGGCUGAACACGGGGACGGUGCACUGGGGUCAGGCCAUCGGCUGGUGCAAUAACAUCUCGUGGAGCGUGGGCCCUCUGACCGCGUAUCAGUACAAGCUGGCCGUCGAACGUUACGAGUGGAACAAACUCCAGAGCGUCAAAUCUAUGGUUCCCAUGGUGCAUCUGUCCUGGAACAUGGCGAGGAACAUUAAAGUGUCCGACCACAAGCUGUUUGAGAUGAUCAAGUUCUGUCUGCUGCGGACGCUCAAGCAGUGUCAGACGAUUAAAGAGGCGCUGGUGUCUGCUGGGAAGGAGACCGUCUGGCACAGAAGAAGCCGAGAUGAGCCGGCUCAUUACUGCAGCAUCUGUGAGGUGGAGGUGUUUAACCUGCUCUUUGUGACGAGCCACAGUUACUCCAGGAAGUCCUGCGUGGUUCAGUGUCAGGAUUGCGCUCGGAAGGCCAGCAGUGAGCUCGACGGUUUCGUGGUGCUGCAGCAGUUCAGGAUGGAGGACCUCGUGCAGGUUUACGACCAGUUCUCAUUAGACCGUGGCGCUCGUCUCUCGCGUGGCUGGGGACCAUCGGAGAGCACGGGACCGUCGGCUCAAGUGGCUGUGUGUGUCUAUGCAACCUGUUUAUAAACUGCAGCGUGUGACUGUGGCCUGCGGGGGGCGCUAGUGAGGAACUUCCCCUCUACACACCUCUUCCUGAACGGGCCGCUCGCCUCUGCUUCACGUGAGAAAUUAAUCACAAAAACUGUGGAGGAAUUUAUGGGAAACUGGUUUUGUACAUAUUGUCUGUCACAACUGGCAUCGUCACUUACAGACUACUGACUUUGAGACGUUCUUUUUGUAUUUUGUUAACAUGCUGAAACCUGAAAUCUCUUUCCUCGUGUCUCAAGGGUUCGCCUUCACGGAGCGCUAGCCUAGCUUUUUGUACGGUAGAUAGCGAUUUUACAACGACUUUGGAUGGCAAAAUCUACAAAAAAAAUAAAAAUAUUUGUAAUGUGAAAAAUUAGGUGAUAUAUAAUUUUUUACUGCUUUUAUGUUUUACCUGUCUUGUUAUUUUGACACCAUGUUGGAUAUUUUGUUUCUUAGGUAAGAAAAAGGAAAAAAAUUGUGGAAAAAAACAACAGCCAAGUCACAAAGAAAAAUGGGUUGCACAUAGAGUAAGGAAUAAAUGGUCUGUUUUUUGUUUUUUUCCUUCCUUGUUUGUUUCUAAUCCUGAUGUACAUUUACACUAUUUAUAAAUACAUAUUUAUUGCUUGAAGAUAUUUGUGGAUGGAAUGCUGUUAUUUUUCCCAGAGUACCUGCCAUUAAAUUUGAAGGAGUUUGGUCAUUUAAACUACUCCUGCAUUUUUCUAUAUAGAAUUAAACUGCUUAGUAAGCAUUGUACAGAAACUAUAAAAUUGUUUUAUUGUUUGAAGAAUGUUUUAUGAGUUAUUAAACAAGUUGUCAACAUAUGUGCCGACACGUGGAG